UCGGAUCGACGCCACGGUGGCACGGUGACAGCCAAGGCCCCACGCGGCCUCAUCACCCACUUCCAUUUUAUACCAUCCACUCCCCCCCAGCAAUCUCCGCAUCUGAAGACACCAAGCUCGAUCGCGCUCCGACCCGUCAGCCAUGGCUCGGCUCGCCGCCCUCCUCCUCGCCUUCGCCGUCGCCGUCUCCGCCGCCGCGCUGGCGCAUGGCCGCGAUCUCCCGACCCAGAUCAAGCUGACCAAGGGCGGUGGCGCGGUGGGCGGCGACAGCCAGGAGUGCGUGUACACGGUGUACGUGCGCACGGGGUCGAUCUGGAAGGCCGGGACGGACGCCAACAUCACGCUGGAGCUCUACACGGCGGGCAACGCCGACGGCGUGGCGAUCGCGGACCUGCCGUCGUGGGGCGGGCUCAUGUGGGGGGGCCACUCCUACUUCGAGCGCGGCAACCUGGACAUCUUCAGCGGGCGCGGGCCGUGCAUGGCCGGCGCGCCCUGCCGCAUGAGGGUGUCCUCCGACGGCACCGGCGCGCACCACGGCUGGUACUGCAACUACGUGGAGGUCACCGUCACCGGCCCGCACCGCGGCUGCGCCCAGCAGCUCUUCACCGUCGAGCAGUGGCUCGCCACCGACGCCGCGCCCUACAAGCUCGAGGCCGUCGUCGACCGCUGCCCCGCCGAUGGCACCGCCGCCGAGGAGUAAGAUCGAGUAAGCUGUACGCCGGCCUCUUCGUCAUCGUGUGUGGUUGGUAGCAAUAAGCUGCGGGGCCGUUCGUGCCGGCCCCGUGAUCCGCGUGCGCCGCGCCGGACGCGGAGAUGUACUACUAGAUGAGUUCGUGCUGCUGGUGGUGGCGAAAUAAUCGGGACCUGAUUUGUACUGUGUGCCAUUAGUGAGAGUUGUGAUUAGUUGCGGUGGCUGUUUUGUACGUUGAUGAUGUCGAUAUGGCAUCUCCAUUUGUGUGGAUCUUGUCCAUGUUUUCAUGCACUCCUACAUCAGUAACAUGUCUUCUCUC